AUGAACAAUCUAAACGAGACGACGUCACCUUUAAUUCCUAUAUUGGAUGGGAAGAAUUAUCACCGGUGGAGAGUGCAGAUAAAGGUGUUGUUUGAUUAUCAAUAUAUAUUGGCUGUCGUAGAGAACGGAGUUACCGAUCUUGCAGAUACCACAAGUGAAGCCGUGAAGAAAGUCCACGGUGAGAUCGAGAAGAAUGAUCGUAAGACAUUAUUCUACAUCCAUCAAGAAGUGAAUGAUUCAGUUUUUGAGAAGAUCAACGGAGCAACUAUACAGGAGAAGGUUGCAGAUUUAGCAAUUGUGGAGAAGAUAUUAUCAUCUCUUACAACAAAAUUUAAUCAUAUCAUGGUGGCAAUCGAAGAAUUAAAGGAUUUGUCCAAGAUGAUAGUUGAUGAGUUGAUGGGUACCUUACAAGAGCGCAAUACGAAAGAGACUAGUGAGAAGGAAAUUCCCGUGGCAGAGGACGAGGGUACUGGAACUAUAACAACCGAGCACCCGGAUACUACAAUAGUCAAGGACGUGGCAGUUAUAACAAAAAUCAAAGAGACGUCGGCAAUCAGAGAAGCAAUUAUCAAUCAAAUUCAAAUUAUCAAGGUCGAGGUUGAGGUCGAGGUCGAGGUUAAGGUCGAGGCUUUGGACGUGGUAGAAUAUGGCCACUAUGCAAAGGAGUGCAAGUACCAAGAUAAUUUCCAAUCCGGAGAAGAAGUUCAAUUUACACAAGAAAAAGGUGAUGAAGACAAUCACACUUUAUUUAUGGUCACGGCAGCGGGUGAAGAAUCAAACUACAAUAUAUGGUUUCUUAACACUAGGUGUUCUAAUUACAUGUGCGGAAAGAAGGAGUUGUUCAUAGACCUAGAUGAGUCGAUGCAGUCCAAAGUCAAGUUUGUCGAUGACAACAUUAUACCAGUGAUGGGAAAAGGGAUGAGUUCUCAUCAAGCUGAAGAAUAG